AUGACAUCAACUCGAACUUAUGGUGAAAGAUCUGAGUCGACCAGCUCUCCGGUCACAGCCCGGCUAUUCCAAUUGAUGGAACUGAAAAAAUCUAAUUUGUGUGCUUCAGUGGAUGUCAGAAAUACCAAAGACCUCUUAGCAUUAGUGGACCAACUUGGACCUUUCAUCUGCUUGGUAAAGACACACAUAGACAUUAUUGAUGAUUUCUCAUACGAGGACACAAUUGUACCAUUGCUUGAGCUUUCAAAGAAGCAUAGCUUUAUGAUCUUUGAGGACAGAAAGUUUGCCGAUAUUGGAAACACUGUGAAGAACCAAUACACUGGUGGAGUAUACAAGAUUGCGCAAUGGGCAGACUUGACAAAUGCGCAUGGGGUCACAGGAGAAGGAGUGGUGAAAGGUUUGAAGGAAGGAGCUAGUGAAACUACUGCUGAACCCAGAGGAUUGUUGAUGCUAGCCGAACUAUCGUCCAAAGGUUCAUUAGCGUAUGGAGAAUACUCUGCAAAAACAGUGGAAAUUGCCAAAAGUGACAAGGAGUUUGUAAUGGGUUUUAUAGCCCAGAACCAUAUGGGAGGGGCCGAUGAAGGGUUUGAUUGGGUGAUUAUGACACCAGGUGUCGGUUUAGAUGAUAAAGGCGACAAUUUGGGUCAACAAUAUCGAACUGUGGAUGAAGUUGUAUCCAAUGGAACAGAUGUGAUUAUUGUUGGUCGUGGGUUGUUUGGAAAGGGAAGAGACCCAGUCGUUGAGGGUAAGAGGUAUCAAGAGGCUGGAUGGCUGGCAUAUCUAAAGAGAGUUGGAAAAUAA